CGUGAUUUGUUGUUAAAACUUUAAUGGAGUUUCAUUGUGAACAUGUUCGGGUUACGUGUCCGUUUCAUAGCGUUGUUUUUCCCAUUUUUCCCCGAGUAUGUGCGGUUACUAGACAAUGGUUUAGCUCGAACACCUCCCAUGGGGUGGAUGUCGUGGGGUUACUACAUGUGCGGCGAUAAAUGUGACGACAAUCCGGAGAAAUGUCUGGAUGAGCAGCUUAUAAUGUCGGUGGCUGACACAUUUUAUGAGGAAGGAUAUCAAGAAGCAGGGUUUGAAUACAUCAUCAUUGAUGAUUGCUGGUCAGAAAAGAAACGUGACGAGUACGGAAGACUGUUUCCAGACACGAAGAGAUUUCCAAGGGGCAUGAAAUACUUAGCAGAUUAUAUCAAUGCACGAGGUUUAAAGUUUGGUAUGUACACCAAUAUAGCUACCACUACCUGUAUGAGGUACCCAGGCUCGAGGGGCCACUUCAGCACUGAUGCCAAGACAUUUGCGGAGUGGGGCGUCGACUAUAUUAAAGUUGAUGGAUGUUUUGUUGAAGAGGCCUAUCUUAAUACAGCAUACAUAAAAUUGGGUCAUUAUUUGAACGAAACUGGAAGACCGAUGGUGUAUUCCUGCAGUUGGCCGUACUACAUAGAGUACAUACAUAAACAGAAGGCAGACUAUUCAUCGAUUGCAACAUAUUGCAAUUUGUGGCGGAACUAUCACGACGUGGUACUAUCAUGGUCCGCCAUCAAAGCCAUAAUGGAUCAUUAUGAAAGAGAAUAUUAUAUAUUGGAGCGGUAUCACGGACCUGGACAUUGGAAUGAUCCUGAUAUGUUGAUAUUCGGCACUGGUACACUGUCAGAUAGCCAAAGCAGAGUGCACUUAGCUGUGUACGCGAUGUGGUCUGUACCUCUAUUACUGAGCUGCAAUAUGGCUAGAAUUAGACCGUACGAAAGGCAAUUACUGCAGAAUUUGGAGUUAAUGGCAAUUGCUAAAGACCCUUUAGGGGCGAUGGCCAAGCCAUAUAAGUUGGCGGACUCCGUAACUUUAUGGGUGAAGCACCAUCUGCCGAUGAAGGGUGACGCGUAUCAUACCUUCUCUUUCGCUCUCGUCAACGUUCACAAUCAGGCUCGCGCCGUCUCUUUCGCGCCGAGAUUGUAUGGACUCAACUCGACAGACGGUUACACGAUUAUGGACGUGUUCACGGAAGAUUACUUAAGGAAUAUCACUUUGAAUGAUACCAUAGAUGUCGAUGUACCACCUGAAGCACAAAAAGUUCUCCUCGGAGAUGCACCUGACCGUGUCUUAAAUGCAGAGCCUUCGUUGCUGGCAACAUAUAAAGAUAAAUUAGGUAAUGUUUGCAGCCAAGACGCUUACAAGGGCUUCCAAAAGUCGCUAUACGAGUUCUAUACGAAACUUAACUCUUUAAUAUCUGAAAAUAGUAAAGGCCACUACGUAUUUUCGCCGUUGUUUAUCUGGUUAUCGAUCAUGACAAUCGCUGAAGGUUGUGAACCGAUCUAUCAAAAAGAACUCUUCUCUAUUUUAAAUCUACCUGAAGAAAAAUGCCUACGCGAACAAUAUUAUGCGAUGAGUUUGAAGCAUUUAACGGAGAGACAAAAUGAUGUUAGCAUUGCAAGCAAGAAUCUAUUUGUGCUCGAUGAAUAUACAAAAGUAGAGCCUAAUUGGGCGAAAUUUGCAAAUGACGGGUUCCUUGAGCUGGCAUUCGUUCCUAUCAAGGAUAAUCCUAACUUCGCAUCUGAGCAAUUACGAAACCUUCUAAAAUUCCGUUCCAGUCCAGCUUUGUAUGGAAACUCCGGUCUGUUCAAUUCUAUUGACUUUCAAUUCCUCUGGACGUAUGCAUUCGCGGAUAGCAAGAUUCAGAGGAACGCGCCGUUUUACAAUGACGCAGGCAAAGAGAUUGGCAGAGUGGAUAUGAUGAAAAUGAGGAGGCGUGUAAGAUUGGCGAAUAUGCCGCUUUUGAACGCUAAAGUUGUAGAAUUGCCAAUCGGACACAACGGACGUUACAAAAUGAUAAUUGUAAUGAAUAACAGCUUAGGUCUUCUUGGAACUUUGUUUGCCAAUAUUGGUAAAUACCUGUCCGAUAUCUUGGGAGUUCUGACGGAAAGCGCAAUUCCAUUAGAUGUUGCUAUACCUCGUUUUGAUCUAGAAUACGAAUACGAUGCACGGCGUGUUCUCGAAGCUAUGGGCAUUAGGGAAUUGUGGAAUAAUCCAGCUGUUACCAGCUACAUUUCAAGACCACCAGCGUUACCAGGCAGUUAUUAUCAACGCGUCUACCUGAAGGUCGGGAAUGAAGGAUUAGAGGCACCAAUAGAACAAACCUCAAGAUCACUCACUGGUGGAUUAUUUAAUUUAGCUACUGAUGUCGUCUCUGACGCGGUAUCCGUGGUGGGGAGAGAAUUCAUUGCAAAUAAACCAUUCGCUUUUAUGAUAUUGGAAUCGGAAACCAAUGGUUGUGUUUUGGCUGGUGCUUAUUCUGGACCAACUAUUGUGUAA